CACACAUACAUGGGGUCAAUCAUUCAUCGCAUCACACGCUGCAUCAACGAGCCGUCAUUGGAAGUCACACACACACACGCACACACUCACAAACACAUGAACGCAACCCUCGUCUGUACACUCAACCCGACCCCCGUCCUCCCAGUCGUACAAGUCUCUCCUGCCUCACCCCUUGUCUGUCUGUCUGUUAGCUGUCGACCAGCCAGCCAAUGCACUACUUGAGGUGCGAUGCGUCCCCGGGGCACUCCCACAUGCCCUGUCCCCCGAUGCCAGGGUGGUGGUGCGGCACGUCGAACCGCUUCUUCAGACGAAAGGCGUCCUUGCCGCUCAGGUAAUAACGGUUCAGCCGCUUCUGCUUCACAAACCCCUGCUUCGCGUACAAGGCUGACACACCACUCAGAGGCAGAGAGUGGCCACAAGGCUGGCAGAGAGAGGGUGCUAAGUACUUACCUAGAGCAGCUUUGUUGGUGGUCUCUGCUUCUAGCACCACCUGAACAGACAGACAGACAGACAGACGGACGGACGGACAGACACACAUAUGACGCACAGUGAGUGCAUCUCGUCAGUCAUUGUGUGUGUCAGUCACCUCUUGGAUGCCCUCCACCUGCAUCUUGUCCACCGCUCCCCUCACAAGCAUGGAACCUGAACACCAAAAGAAACACACACAUACGAGCAUCCAUCCUUUCGGGUCUGCAGAGAUGCAUUCACGGGGAGACCGACUAACUAACCGAUGCCCUUCUUCCGGUGGUCCUUGUCGACAGCCACCAUCCCUGCAGGUAAGGUAGAUGAGAUCCACCAACCAAUCGAUGGACGCUCUGGACGUGCGUAGGCCGACCGACCGAUGUAUCCCCUCUUGAGGACUUCAUUCAGCCUCUUGCUCUUGUGGUCCUCCACUUUGCACACCACCACACCCACUAUCUCAUCCUCAAUGUGAGCCUGCAUUGAGCUCAUUCCAUCAACACACACACACAAACACACACACACCAGCCAGACACGAGCAGCUGAAACAACUGUGCUUUGUGGGUGCAUUCAAGUGCAAAGCGUGCGUGCCACAGCUGACCACGAUGCAGAACUGCGGGUACUGGAGGAUGAAGCACCGGUACGUCCAUAUGGAGUAGGGCUCCGACAGGUCCCUCGCCACCAGCUCCAUGAUCCGCUCAAGCUGCGACUCUGAUGAUCUCAUCACAAACAAACAGGCCAUGUGCCGACCAGAUCAUGGCACGGCAUGGCGUGUGCCGUGCGUGCGUGCCUCACCCACCGUCUUCAAAGGAAGAACACACAACCUUCGUGCCGUCACCGAGAUCUUUCUGCGACUUGAACAGCCGUAUCAUUGGGCUCAGCAUGGUGAAAAGCAGGAAGGCCUGGAGGGAAGGAAAGGAUGCGUAGAUCUCGGUGGUUGCUCAUCGCCCUAAAAGGUCGGCAGGUGAAAC